UUCUCCCUGCCCAGCAGAGUCCAGAGGAAUGGUAACCGGUUAGCUCAUCGGGCAGCAGCUAUAGGAUUUACUCGUUAACGUUGCUUGGUAAAGUGUAGUUCUGUUAUAAUAAUGAAUUUACUACCGUCUAACCCUCACGGGAAUGGACUCCUUUAUGCUGGAUUUAACCAGGAUCAUGGAUGCUUUGCCUGUGGAAUGGAGAAUGGAUUUCGAGUGUACAACACAGAUCCUCUCAAAGAAAAGGAGAAACAAGAGUUCCUGGAGGGCGGGGUUGGCCAUGUGGAGAUGCUGUUUAGGUGUAACUAUCUGGCACUAGUGGGAGGAGGGAAGAAACCCAAGUACCCAACUAACAAAGUGAUGAUCUGGGAUGACCUGAAGAAGAAGACAGUCAUUGAGAUUGAGUUCUCAACAGAAGUCAAAGCAGUGAAGCUUCGGCGUGACAGGAUUGUGGUAGUCCUGGACUCAAUGAUCAAAGUGUUCACCUUUACCCACAACCCCCAUCAGCUGCAUGUGUUUGAGACUUGCUACAACCCCAAAGGUCUGUGUGUGCUGUGUCCUAACAGCAACAACUCUCUGCUGGCAUUCCCUGGGACUCAUUCAGGCCAUGUGCAGAUUGUGGAUCUCGCCAAUACAGAGAAGCCCCCAGUUGACAUCCCCGCCCACGAGGGGGCGCUGUGCUGCAUCGCUCUCAACCUGCAGGGCACAAGAAUAGCUACUGCGUCUGAGAAAGGGACUCUCAUUAGAAUUUUCGACACAUCUGCAGGCCAACUCAUACAGGAGCUAAGACGAGGCUCACAGGCAGCUAACAUUUACUGCAUUAAUUUUAACCAGGACGCGUCCCUCAUCUGUGUGUCCAGUGACCACGGCACAGUGCACAUCUUUGCUGCAGAAGACCCCAAAAGGAACAAACAGUCAAGUUUGGCAUCAGCCAGCUUUCUUCCCAAAUACUUCAGCUCCAAGUGGAGCUUCUCCAAGUUCCAGGUCCCCUCAGGCUCUCCCUGUGUGUGUGCCUUUGGAACAGAGCCCAAUGCCGUAAUAGCUAUUUGUGCUGACGGCAGCUAUUACAAGUUUCUGUUCAACCAGAAAGGGGAGUGCUCCAGAGACGUGUACGCCCAGUUCCUGGAGAUGACCGAUGAGAAAAUAUGACCAUUGACCCCUCUGAAGACUUCCUAUUAAGCAACCAGUUUUGUUUUUCUGGACUUUUUUUGUUGUUUUUUUAAGGAGGUAGGAGAGGUACCAGUUUGCACUUCUCUUUAUCUUGACAGACUCUUAAAGAGCAUCAGAUCAAAGGAAAAAGAAGUACAGACCUUGGGGAAAAACUCGCAAUGCAAAGAUGAAAGUAUGAACAGUGGUGCAGAUUUGAUGUCUCUGGACAGAGGGACACGGAUGCUGGCUUUACUCCCAAACCAAACACAAGGAAAAAAGGAGGGAAAGAUAUUUUUUGAAAGGACAAUUUGACGCUUUUUAGGACGUCUUCCAAGGAAUUUACAAAGGAUGGUUAUUUUUAAUCACAUUAGAUGAUUCUAAUAGAAGGAUUGAAAAUAUUGAGAUUUUUGUCAACUAAUACCACCUAACCUAACUUUAGGGAGUGCCUCUGAGACUGGAGAGAAUCUGUAUGUGUGCACAUUCUAUUGCUGUCAUAUAGACAUAUAUGUGUUCGCGUAUAUACCAAUGUACCAUAUUAGGCACUUGCAAAGCAGGAGCAGAAUGAGGUAACUGAUUUUCUCCACUUGGGUCUAAAAGUUCAAAGUAACAUCUGGAGUGUUGAAAUAGACUGAUCCUGCAGUGCGAAGUGUCACCUUAGUAUUUCUAGAUUUUCUUACAGCCACUGUAUAGACACAACUCGCCAGACAGAACUUCUAACCACAAAGACCUGUACAGAAUAGUAGCAAAAAAUAACAUUUUGUUUCGCUUUUCCUUUUUUUCAUACGCUGUACAAUACAUUGUUUUCCUGAGCAUUUUCUUGAUUAAAACCACGUUAAAGUUGA